AAACAAAAGUUGCCACCAAGCAUCGUAUUAACAUUAACACCUACCAAUGGUUUCUGUGUAGUUUCUAUGAUAAUGGAAAGGCAAUUUUUUCUUCAUUAUUUUAUAUGCCACUGCUUAGUGUUUUUUCUCUCAUUAGAAUAGCCUUGUCUUCCUUCCCACUUCUCUGUCUCCUAUACUCCUUACUGCUCUGAGAUUCUGUAUCCACUGUGGUUUUCUAACCUUAGAAUUUCCUCCAAACACGACAACAGAUUGUCAAAUCUGUGGUUUAUCUCCUCUCAGAACAGUGAACUUUAGCAAUUUAAGGACUAUAUGUAAUUGAUACUGUGAAAGAAAAUCCAGGGACAUCUGUUUUGUUAUCAUGAGUACCAAUUAACAACUGUUGUUGAUUGUUCUGCUCUAAUAUCAUCUGCUUGAAGAGACCAUAUAGACUACAACAAUACAGUUGAGGCACGAAAAAAUACCCUUUUAUUAAUUCUAAGAUGCAGGCAUCAGAGCAACAUAGAAGUUCAAGCAUGUACCAUCAACCAUUACAACAAUUUGAAGCCUACUGCAUGCCGCAGUAUCGAACUCUAAAUCAUCAGCUAUACUACCACAACGGAGGCCAUGGAACCCACUUCUCCAAUCCAAGUUCUUCUGAAUUUUACUGUACAUUAGAAUCAUCCUCUGCAGCUGGCAGUUUCACUGUAUACAAUUCUCCUUCAACUGUUAGUUUCUCACCUAACGGUAGCCCCAUAUCGCAGCAUGAUUCUCAGUCAUAUCCACCUGACCAGCAUAAUUCCCCUGAGAAUACCUAUGGCUCUCCAAUGAGUGGAUCUUGCAUAACUGAUGAUUUAAGCAGCUUCAAGCACAAGCUAAGAGAGUUGGAAAGUGUAAUGUUUGGCCCUGACUCUGAUAAUCUUGAUAGUUAUGAUAGUGCCAUCAGCAACGAAACCAACUUUGUUUCACUUGAGAUGGACAGUUUGAGACAAACAAUGCUGGCAAUUUCUAGUAAAAGCCUAAAACAGAUCCUUAUUUCAUGUGCCAAAGCAAUUGCAGACAAUGAUUUGCUGAUUGCACAAUGGCUGAUGGAUGAAUUACGGCAGAUGGUGUCUGUUUCUGGUGAACCAAUCCAACGCUUGGGAGCAUACAUGUUGGAAGGUCUCGUUGCCCGAUUGGCUGCCUCUGGGAGUUCAAUAUACAAAUCUUUACGAUGCAAAGAACCAGAAAGUGCUGAGCUUCUCUCCUACAUGCACAUACUAUAUGAGGUUUGCCCCUACUUCAAAUUUGGGUACAUGUCUGCAAAUGGAGCCAUUGCAGAAGCUAUGAAAGAUGAAGACACAGUUCACAUAAUUGAUUUCCAAAUUGCUCAAGGAAGUCAAUGGAUCACGUUAAUUCAGGCUUUUGCGGCUAGACCUGGAGGACCACCCCACAUCCGGAUCACGGGUAUUGAUGAUUCAACAUCAGCCUAUGCCCGUGGCGGUGGACUACACAUAGUGGGAAAGAGGUUAUCAAAGCUUGCUGAGCAUUUUAAGGUGCCAUUUGAAUUUCAUGCUGCAGCUAUCUCUGGUUGUGAUGUUCAACUACAUAACCUUGGUGUUCGACCAGGCCAAGCUCUGGCUGUCAAUUUUGCAUUCAUGCUACACCAUAUGCCAGAUGAAAGUGUGAGUACUCAGAAUCACAGGGAUAGGCUGUUGAGGUUGGUUAAGAGCCUAUCACCAAAGGUGGUUACACUUGUUGAGCAAGAAUCUAACACCAACACUGCUGCAUUCAUUCCACGUUUCCUUGAAACUCUGGACUACUACACAGCAAUGUUUGAGUCAAUAGAUGUGACUCUUCCCAGAGAUCAUAAAGAGAGAAUCAAUGUGGAACAGCAUUGUUUGGCAAGAGACUUGGUUAACAUCAUAGCUUGUGAAGGGAUGGAGAGGGUGGAAAGACAUGAGCUGCUUGGGAAAUGGAGGUCAAGAUUUGCAAUGGCUGGUUUCACUCCUUACCCCUUGAGUUCAUUGGUGAAUGGCACCAUUAAGAAAUUGCUUGAGAACUACAGUGAUAGAUAUAGACUUGAAGAGAGAGAUGGAGCUCUGUAUCUGGGUUGGAUGAAUAGAGAUUUGGUUGCUUCUUGCGCAUGGAAAUGAGAACUGGGCAUUAGGUAACUCCUGAAAGUUCGAUGGAGGACAAAGCAGAACCUGUCCUUGUUCUUUUUCUGUUCCAUUGCUUUGUAGAAGUUAAUGAGAAAGACCUCAACAUUAAAUCCAAUCUAAUUGUCCAUUUUCUUUGCUUUCAAUCGGAAAUGUAGCUACCAUUUUUCUUUUAUCAGCAAUAUUAACCUUUCAUUUCAUAAUCUUUUUCUGGCCUUUGAAUUCUGAGCAAUCCAAUGCUUAAAUAUUUCAAGGACUAUGCUAUCCUGUUAUCAAAUAUUGCUGUUCAUUCUCAUUCUUAGUUGAGUAGAAACUCACUUAAAUUACAUUAAAUUUAAAUUAUAU